GUCAGGAGCACGGUCAGAGCGCUGAGAGGCGGUGAACAGGACGGGUCUAACGCGAGCUCAAGCUGCACCGUGAGGACGUUUUUGCUGCGAACAUUUCUGGAAACAAAUGUUAACUUUCGGAUAGGACCGUCUGCUAGACUGUCUAGCGUUUCGGGGGCUAGAUUUCAGGUUGUUUACUGCGGUGGAAAUAAGGAAAAAAUGUCGUCUCCAAGUCCGGGUAAAAGGCGAAUGGAUACCGACGUGGUGAAACUCAUCGAGAGCAAGCAUGAAGUCACCAUCCUCAGUGGACUCAACGAAUUUGUAGUGAAGUUUUUCGGACCACAAGGAACACCGUACGAAGGAGGCGUGUGGAAGGUGCGAGUAGAUCUUCCUGACAAAUAUCCUUUCAAAUCACCAUCAAUAGGAUUCAUGAACAAGAUUUUUCAUCCCAACAUUGACGAAGCGUCAGGGACAGUGUGCUUAGAUGUCAUCAACCAGACAUGGACAGCCCUUUAUGAUUUGACCAACAUCUUUGAGUCGUUCCUGCCCCAGCUGCUGGCUUACCCCAACCCCAUCGACCCCCUGAAUGGAGAUGCAGCUGCCAUGUAUCUUCACCGGCCAGAGGAGUACAAGCAGAAAAUCAAAGAGUACAUCCAGAAAUAUGCAACAGAGGAGGCUCUGAAGGAGCAGGAAGAAGGACAAGGCGACUCUUCAUCUGAAAGCUCCAUGUCCGAUUUCUCAGAAGACGAGGCCCAGGACAUGGAGUUGUAGUGAUAGGAGGGCUCCCCCAUCCCGCCUCCUCCUUUAACCCCCACAGAGACUAUAUUUGAUUUCCUAACCAUGAGAACGCAGACUUAUAAUAUUCAUAUUUAAACAAGUUGAUUUUUUUAUUAUUAUUAUUAUUAUUAUUAUUACUACUAAACAAGGAUUUUUAUGGAUAUCUAGCCUUUGGUGUGUUUGACAGACAUCCCUCCCCCUUCUGUAGCUGUUUCUCCCCCACACAGAUGUCGCCAUUUGCUUUCACAUGCCCCUGUUAUCCCCACAUUUUUAAGGUGUGUCAUGUAGGCGUAGGCAGGAAGUCUCCCCGUGGACAUCUCAUUUCUUUACUCAAAUUUCCCCUUUUAAAAAUAUAAAAAAGUAUAUUUGUUUGACCUGAACCCUUAUUUUCUUUAUUUUGAGUUGCUCCACCACAGAGCUGCUUAGGUCUUGUUUGCCUUUUUGUAGUCAAGACAGUGUUUCUGAGGCACACAAUCACACACAAGGUGUCAUAGCACACCUUAUAUAAAAAUACAAGGAGUGUAGUGCCAAAAGAAGCUCGUACAUCAACCCUGAAUGCUUCCGUAGCAUAUCUUUUUCAACAUAUUGAUCGGGACAUGUCUCAUUCAGCUCGGGAUGCUACCACGGCAUGUUACUUUACCUUUUUGUUACUCUUUGACCUGCUGCUGCUGCUGCCUGUCUACAUGUGCCACCUUGCAGAGCAAAAUACAUACUUAACAAGGUCUUGGAAAAAUAAUCAAUUAGAUACAUGUCUUGUUACAGGGCGAGUGACAAUGUGGUGACAAAGGCGUGUUGGGUGCUUUCGGUGUUGAUUUGUGGAAUGUACACCAGCUGCAUAAACUGCAUGGAUGAAUCAUGCACAAAGGCAAUGAAGACGGAAGUGGCAUUUGUGGAGUAUUCUGGUCAAACUCACUUCUUGUAAUGGGAACUGGAAAUAUAGACCAGGGCAACCCUUUAAACAUCAAACCAUAUACAUUUCAUUUUUCAUGCAAUUUCCUCUCAGGAGGCAAAAUCAAACACCCGAGCACCAAACCUUCUCAUUGCGCGAGAUGCCACUGGCUGUCAAUCACCUGUCCUGCUUUCAAAACAAAUUUCUAUUCGUGUUAUUGGUCAAUAACAACUUUUCAGGUAGAGAAAUAAUGUAAUUAUCACCUAUUCUGGUGAAUUUCGAAAAACCAGCACCAAAGUCAGUUUUCAUUUGAGUGAAAAGCAGCAAAAGAUGGUCACAUGUUUAUUGAGUUGAUCUGAGUAAAAAAUGAUUUAUUGGAGAUUUCGGUUUGUGUAGUAUCGGCCCCACACACAUUCCACUGUUACCUGGAGUUUGCAUCAACUGGACUCCCACCUCAUGUCUGCCUACCAGGAGCUCUAGUUUGAAGAUUACAAAAUAAGAGCCCAAUGUAUGACAUUCAGGGUUAAAGCAAUUUUCGUUGAGGGGAAUUUAUUUCAUAUGUUUAGAUUUGACCUCUUAUCUCCAAAAGGAAAAAAAAAGAAAAAUUGGUGCUACUCAUUGUUGAUUCAAUGUGGUGGGUUAAGAUGUAAAUCCAUGAUGCGUGGAAAGAAACUGUGUCUCAGCUUUGACCUUUGGCUGUUUUUUUUUUCCAUCUUUUAUUUCCUGUUCAUUUUUUUUUUUUGUUUGCCCGA